AUGUACAAGUCGACAGCACGUGCCUCGAGGCCCGAGGGAACUCCGUCAUAUCAUGUCGGUAUCAAGUCAAUUUCCAUUGCCACCGAGCCUUCGUGGUCAACAUCCAAUCUCUUGUCCGAGACGUCCGUAUCGAGAAGAAACUUUGACCUCUGUGCCCUGGGCAUCUAUUUCAGCGUCGAGUCUGAAUCGGGCCGCCAAGACCCGACCCUCUCUCACCAAAGAGAUGACAUCAUGGGGUCCGGGAUACUCAUUCUGUCUACUGACGGGGAGAUCUUGGCGAUCGCUCAGGUUGGCUGUACGGUUGACCAAAGUGGUCCAGAGAACCAGGAAGGGGAAUAUAGAAACAGGCGUCCAUGGACUAAAGAGAAGAAGACUAAGGAGUCUCUCGCCCGCCCCCGAAAAAAAAUGGGGGAAAGGAAAAUCAAAUGA